AGUCGUGUUAGUCUGAGCUGUUAGAAAGGUGAAGCAUCUGUUUAAUAUGCUUUCAAUGGUUUAACCAUCAACAAACGUUUAAAAUAUAUGAAACUUCUAUACGAUGAGUGCAGCUUUGUCUUUCUUUUUUUAGUUCAAACGCAAGGAAAGAAGGACAGCCGUUUCCAUACGCACUCGGACGUAAGACGGAUAGCGUCUGUCCUAGUAUGAUGACAGAUAUGGACUACGAAUUGGAAGAGGACAAACUAGGGAUUCCCACAGUUCCUGGCACUGUGACGCUGAGGAAAGACGCCCAGAACCUGAUUGGGAUCAGUAUCGGGGGCGGAGCCCAGUACUGCCCCUGCCUGUAUAUAGUACAGGUUUUUGACAACACACCCGCAGCUCUAGACGGGACUCUGGCAGCUGGUGAUGAGAUCACUGGAGUGAAUGGAAAAGCAGUGAAGGGAAAAACUAAAGUGGAGGUGGCGAAAAUGAUCCAGGCUGUUCAGGGUGAAGUCACAAUUCACUACAAUAAACUACAGGCUGAUCCCAAGCAGGGGAAGUCUCUGGAUAUAGUGCUGAAGAAGGUGAAACAUCGGCUGGUGGAGAAUAUGAGUUCUGGUACCGCAGACGCUCUGGGCCUCAGCAGAGCCAUCCUGUGUAACGAUGGGCUGGUAAAGAGACUUGAGGAGUUAGAGAAGACAGCUGAGCUGUAUAAAGGUCUGAUAGAGCACACAAAGAGACUACUGCGAGCGUUCUUCGAGCUCUCUCAGACUCACAGAGCCUUUGGAGAUGUGUUCUCUGUAAUAGGCGUGAGGGAGCCCCAGGCUGCGGCCAGUGAGGCUUUUGUCAAGUUUGCUGAAGCCCAUCGCAACAUCGAGAAAUACGGCAUCCAGCUGCUCAAAACCAUCAAACCUAUGCUCCAUGAUCUGAACACUUACCUGCAUAAGGCCAUUCCAGACACCAAACUCACCAUCCGCAAGUACCUGGACGUUAAGUUUGAGUACCUGUCAUACUGUCUGAAGGUGAAGGAGAUGGACGAUGAAGAAUACAGCUGUAUAGCCCUGGGUGACCCGCUGUACCGGGUCAGUACUGGGAACUAUGAGUACCGACUGGUUCUGCGUUGUCGGCAGGAGGCCCGAGCUCGCUUCGCCAAGAUGCGCAAAGACGUUCUGGAAAAGAUUGAGCUCCUGGAUCAGAAACAUGUCCAGGACAUAGUGUUCCAGCUGCAGCGUUUGGUGUCGGGAUUGUCUCACUAUUAUGAUGAGUGUUACGCCGUCCUGAAGGAGGCAGACGUGUUUCCCAUCGAGGUGGACCUCUCUCGCACCAUGAUCAACUACAGCGGACAGAGCCUCUCUUACGAAGAGGAGGAGGAAGAGGGAGGGGGGGGCGAACUGGGGGAGGGGGGUGCUGCUCAGCAGGCGGAAAACGGCGCGGAAAAGCUUAUAGAUGACGAAUGAACGAGGGAAG